UGCCGCAUUGCUACAAGCGUUCGCGAUCAACGCGACGCCGGCCACGGCAGCUGUAACUUGUACAAGCUGAGAGUAGAACGGAGCAGCAACGGGAGCGCGACGGCCACAUCAACAUGAAGCACGUCGUCGCCUUGGAAGACGAUGAGGAAGACGAGGCCGAGCGGUAGAUAAAACGCCAAAACGGCAAAGAGAAUAGGCAUAUUUCGUUACCUGGAUUUCCCUGAGAAACCUGAUGAUCAGCAUAACUCAACGCGAUCAUGAACGUCCGUCGGCUGCCAGGUUUCAUGUACAACUACAAACUCGCGACUGUCCUCCUGUUAUCCAGUCUGUUCCUCGUCAUCUACCUGCUUCUACAUUGGGGUAUUAUGUGCACGAACCUCGAGGCCUGGCGACACGUAUCCACCGUGUGCAGUAUGCAUCGAGAUGGUACCGCCAUGGGAAUUCUCUGCGAGCCACUGUGCACUGAAAAGGGAAUACACUCACUCGCAUGCGAAACACUUCACGCAGGCAAAGAGGCGGUCUUCUCAGCACACUGGGAAGCGACACGGCUUGUUUUCAAGGCUUCAAGAACUAAGACAGCUUCGGAACAAUUCGAAUCUCUUUACUGGACGGACGCAACCGGUCUACGGUACUUGCCAUCCGAGGAGGACUUCGCUAAUAUGAUUAAAGACUUAAUUGUCAGUAAGCUAAACAUGACGCUACCGCGACACCAACUGGAGCGACUCGCCCGGCUACGUACCCACCGGAUGGAGACUGAUCUCAUGCGACGUCGCCUAGAAAUGGAGAAUCUCUGGCCGUUGCUACAAGAGAAUGAGUACCUGAUGAUGAUUCUGUACGAGGAUAGAGAUGUAUUCCCGCAACUGAUCGGCACGUGCGGCACCUUUUACGCGGUAGAAUACGUCAGGCCAAUCGAGACCCCAACGACGGUAUUGGCGUUACCCGACUCAAAGCCCGAGUGGGCCAAACGGCUGAAGCUUGCCGUAAUGAUUCUCGACCUGCUCGAGGAUCUGGAGACCAGCAUGCCCGAGCCGUUUUAUCUCUGCGACGUGAAAAUCAAUCAUUUCGGUUUGCCGUUAGGCGGACAGAGGCUGAAGUUUCUGGACCUGGAUGCGGUCUUCCCAAGGACCGUAAUUGGCCGUAUCGUUGCCGACGGCAAAAGCUGCGAGAAACAUGAGGACUGUGAUUACUUCGAUUGCCGUUCGGUAUGCUCGAAAAACAAACGCUGUGAAACACCAGUUCUCAACGAUAAUUUUCAGAUCGUUUGCGAGAAGAUUUUCCUUGGCUGGACGCUCUCGGGAGCGAUGAUUAUUCCUGGAUUGCUCAUGUCGGAACACACCACCUGCAGUCUGGCCGUGCUGCUGAGACAAUGUGCUAAUCCGCACAGCGACACAAAUUUACCACGCGCAGCCGCAUCAGAGAAUGUAAAAAAGCGACUUUACAACAUGCUAAGUGAAAUGGAACAAGAAUACUCAGCGUUAGUAUAAAAGAAAAGAGAAAAAACAGUGACAUCGAUGAAGGAAACGAAAUUAGGGAUUGUGAUUCGAAAUGUGUAUUUAACAAUAAUGAUAAGAAUUCCGUGAAUUCGCAAUUAUAUAGAAAAAAAUUACUAUUAUAUCAAUAUAAUUGAUCAACAGUACUGGA